GAUCUUGAAGAUACAGACACGUAUAAAGGCUGGCUGUGGUAGCAACCCUCAGAAUAAGAAUAAUGCGUUUCUCCUUGGUGCUUCUAGUCGCAUUUGCGGCCGCCGCCGCAGCCAAUGAAGAAAUUCUUCCAUCCCUUCGAGGGAUGCAGGCUAUCAGGAUUAUGGCCGACACCGAAGAGAAGCUCAACCUGGUUAAAUCCUAUGAGGGCGUCCCUGGCUUCGACUUCAUUAAACUGACCGCCAACCUUCAGGAACCUGUGAACGUUCUGGUCACGGCGGAGCAAGCAACUUUCUUCAAGUCGGUUCUAGAGAGAAACGAAAUCGAUUACAACGUCUAUGUGAACAAUGUCUUGGAAAAGGUCGAGGAAGAAAAGAUCGCCAUGGAAUUGGCCAGGAAUUUACCACCUCUGGAGAAAUUCGCAGGCAGAAGUUUUACCUUCACAUCAUUCCCUCGCUAUAAUGUCAUUGUCAGCUACCUCCAAGAUAUCGUUAAAUCAUAUAGCAACGUCGCGACGCUUCUCGACAUUGGAACUUCCUACGAAGGGCGCACCAUCUACGCCAUCAAGAUCAGCAGCGGCAGCAACAACCCUGCCAUUCUGAUAGAUGCUGGCAUCCACGCUCGAGAAUGGGCUGCUCCUGUCACUUCCCUCUAUGUUAUCAAUGAACUGGUUGAAAAUCCGGACCUUUACGCCAAUGUCGACUGGUACAUCAUUCCGACUCUGAAUCCUGAUGGGUAUGAAUACACCUUUACCACGUACCGUCUCUGGAGAAAGACUCGCUCCGUUACCGCUGGCAGUACCUGCCUUGGUGUCGAUGGAAACAGGAACUUUGAACUGCAAUGGAUGCUGACUGGUGCUUCCAGUUCUCCCUGCAGCGAUACCUAUGCUGGAAAGGCACCCUUCUCUGAAGUAGAGACUCAGGCCCUGCGUAACUUUGUUCUAGCAAACAAGGACAGCAUUAAGCUCUACUUGACUUAUCACUCAUACGGAAACUACAUACUCUACCCAUGGGGAUACACUUCUGACCUUCCUGACGACGAGCCGGAACUGCGCUCCUUGGCUGAAGCUGCUGAUGACGCUAUAGCCUCCCUUUACGGAACUCGUUACACCAUUGGAAGUUCCACCAACGUUCUUUACGCUGCGGCUGGAGGCAGUGAUGACUGGGUCAAAGGUAUUGGUGGUGUCGAGUUGUCCUACACAAUUGAACUUCCUGGUGGUGGAUGGUUCGGUUUUGAUUUACCAGCAUCAAGAAUUAUUCCCGUUGGUGCUGAAACAUUCGAGAGUAUCAAGGUGUUCGGCAAAUAUAUCGCUCAAAAGUUCGGUUCCACUAGAAACUAGAAAUACUGUGAACAUUGCUUUGUACAUAUAAAUAUAUACAUAAAAUCCCAAAGAAAACGAAACCUAAUGGCAAACUAAAUGAUUUUUCAUAAAUUUGUUCAAUUUCUUCCCUGGAAAAAAAUAAAAUAAGGAAUAAUGUGAAUCGAGAAACAAA